ACGAGCCUUUGAAGCUCCCGGCAUGGACGAUGGACCUGGAGGAGGCUUUCCAAGUGGUCGGAGAGUUCGGUGCCUAUCAGAAGCGAGCCGUGUGUGUCCUGGCUCUGACCCAGCUCUAUAUGGCGUGUCAGUCCAUGUUGAUAGUUCUGGUCGGAGCGGCUCCAGAACGCAGCACGGGUCAGCUGGACGGCCUCCAGUCGCCCGUGGUCUUCUCCGGGGACGUCGACUCAAUCGUGACAGAGUGGCUCCUGGUCAAGCAGCAGGCCUACAAGGUCAGCUUGGCCGGAUCGCUCUUCUUCGCCGGCCUCCUCCUCGGCAACAUCAUCUUUGGACCGCUUUCGGACAGGAUCGGCAGGAGACCCGUUUACUUGGCAGGUCUCUUCUUUGAGGUGCUCUUCGGUUACGUGACGGUGGCGGCGCCCAGCUACGAGCUGUUUGCCGCCUCCCGCCUCCUGGUGGGCCUGAUGAACGGCGGCAUUGGCCUGGUCUCCUUCGUGCUCACCCAGGAGUACGUGGGCAAGUCCUACUGGGCCAUGACGGGAACGCUGACCAGUAUGACGUUUGCGGUGGGCAUCGUCCUCUUCGCAGCGCUGGGUUACGCCAUCAGGCCUUGGAGGACGCUGGCCAUGGCGGCCAACUCGUCCGGCGUGCUCUGCUUCCUGUUGUCAGUCACGCUUCCAGAAUCUCCACGCUGGCUCUACUGUCGGAACCAUACGGACCAGGCCGAGCAGGUCCUGCGCUACAUGGCGCUGAGGAACGGUAGACCCGCCCCCAAACUGACUCUGCGGCGAGUGGGCGGCACCAAGGGCGGCGACAGAAGCGCGGGAGUCCUGCGGCUCCUCACCCACCCGGUCCUCCGCUUCAGGACGCUGGUGCUGAUGUAUGUCUGGUACGUGUGCAGUCUGGUGUAUUACGGCCUGACUCUGGGCGCCAGUCAGAUGUCUGGAAGUCGUUAUGUGAACAUGGCCAUGUACGGCCUGGUGGAACUGCCCGCCUACCCGCUGUGUGUUUAUGUCAUCAACCAACACUGGGCCGGCAGGAGGAAGAGUAUGUCGGCCUUUUUGUGUCUGGGUGCUUGUGCCUGCCUCGUCACCGUCAUCAUCCCCGAGGGUGCAGAGUGGUCAGCGGUCGUCACCUGGCUGGCGCUGUUGGGGAAGCUGAUGAUCAGCGCGGCGUUCAACAUCGCCUACGUGUACACGUCGGAGCUCUACCCCACCGUUGUCAGGAACGCCGGGCUGGGGGUGUGCUCCAUGUCCAGCAGACUGGGAGGAAUUCUGGCUCCGUUUGUUCCCGCCAUGCGGGCGUUGGCCACGUCCAUGCCCUUCAUGGUCUUCUGUGUGAGCGGCCUCUCCGCCGGCUGUUUGGUCCUUUUGCUGCCGGAAACCUUCGACAGGCCGCCGGCCGAGACCCUGGAGGAGCUCUGCACCAGCCAGGGCAGAGUUCUCGAGAACAAGCCUCUCCUGUACAAAGACGACAAGCGGGACUCCAACGUCGAAUGAACGCUCUUCGGGGCCCUCACACCGGGGGACCCCCUGCAGGGACGCAGCAGUACAAGGCAGGGAGUAAUGUUGCUGUGGACUAUUUCAGGAUGUGUGUGAAUGUAAAUGUCUAUUUUAAUAAGAGGUUGCCUUCAUUCUGCUCA